UCAGAUUCUCGUAGUGGCGUAAGAACACUUGCCGUGUUUAGUUCGAGUCCAAAGCGAAGUGUGUUGUGUGUGUUGAUUCCGCGAAAUAGUGCCAGUUUUGAGGUUAGUUCGUGACGAUGGUGCGGACGCGUCGAGCCAUGGGGGCGCGGAGGUGAUCGCGCGGGGUGGAUGAGAUGAGCGGGGCUUUGCCCCCCGUGCCCGACCUCAUCCCCAUCGCGCUGCUGAAGAGCCCCCGGGCGCGCCGGGAGUGCGCCCCUUGCGAGGUUAUGGGCGAGCAGCGCUCGCGGCGGCCGGGGCGCCAAGCUUGCGAGCUGAUCGAUACGGCGCAGUCACGUGGCCCCAGCGCCGCCCCACAGCCGCCGCAGUCCCGGAAAGCGAGGUCCCGCCGUAAAUCAGACAGACGCCGCGAGCACCGCCGAACCGCCAGCACUCGGUCGCGCAGCAAGCACAGCCCCCACGCCUCGACGCCGCCAUCGUCGCCGGAGAGGCCGCCGCGAGUCAACCCCAUCUUCGUGUGGGUCCGGCAGGAAGACACCCGCAUCGUGGACGUGAAAUGCGAGGACUACGACAAGCGAAACCGCAUCCUUCUGACCAAGACGGCCCAGGGCUGGAGGGCCAUUCCCCGCACCGAGACCCUCGCGCCCGCUCUGAAGGAGGCUAGCCGCCACCACCAUAGGCGCAAGUCGCGCAAGAAGGUCCGAAGGCGGUCCGCCGCCGUGCAGGUGGACGACUUCCCCGACGACGAUCGACCGCCCUCGCCCACCUGGAGCUCUCCGGUCAACGUCGAGUCCCAUCUGCCGUCCCACAAAAUUCACGUCCCCAAUAAGUGUCCGAGCCCCCCGACUGUAAACACUACAAAUGACAGUGCGCACGCUCCGGAAAAGUGCAGUGAUAAAAUAUGUGACGUCAGCCCCUUGGAUAAUCUUCUCGCCGUCGCCGAAUUUGAGUUCAACCAACAUAUGCAAUCUGGAGAAUGGAACAAAGACAACAUCAGCCAUGACAUCGACGAACAAAAAGACUUCAUCAACAACAUUAUCGAAUCCUGUUCGAAAACACCACCGAAACAGGACUUUGACGACCAACCCAAAACAGAAGAGUGCGACUACACAGAAGACGACGACAAUAAUUUAGCGAUGGACGACAUCCUCACCAGAUUAGAGCAAUCUCUUCGGAGUCCAGAAUGUCCCGAGAUCGCUGAAGCACUUUCAAACUAUGAAACCAAAAUUGACAACAUCCAACAAGCGGAAUGCUUUUCGAGUGAUAUCAAUGAAAAUAACUACAAAUCUGUACCUGAAGAAUUAGAAAAUUUUCUCGAAGAAACCAAAUCUGAACACAAACAGCCUUCAUCCAAACCUCCAGAAGAACCGCAACCAUCUGAAGACAUCGUCGAAUCGUCAACUCCAACCGAAGACGAACCGACAGACUUAUCCCUGAAACCAAAAUACGACAACAGCAAUGAAUGCAAUAACGAGCAACCCACCGAUUUGACAGUCCCAAAGAAUUCAUCCCCAGUUCGAUCGUCAACACCUCGACCACCCUCACAGAAUUCCGAAGCUAUUCAGUCACCCCAACCGAGCGGAAUCCCAGCAGUGCCACCCUCCCCAGACAUUGUCUCCACCAGUGCCAAUUGCAAGAAUAAAUCAGUAUUCCUCGAAUCACUGCUAACAACGUCAUCACAAAAGAUCGCCCUCAAUUCAGAAGUGACCAUAAUCAAACAAAAAGAACCACUUGAUUUGGGAAAAUGUCGGAAAUCAGCAAGUCCGACUGUCACGUGUUCCGAAGAAGUUAAAAACAGGACAGAGGAAUCGGAACCGCCGAGUAAAAAAUUCAAAGCUGACGAUAUUACCUUGAAGAAUCUGUUAGAAAUCGAACUGGCUAAAGCCGAAGAGAGUAAAACAACCGAAAAAACGAGUGCCCCGGAAACCCCAAGAUUACUCGAGUUGUUAAAGACUGAUUCAGGGCCUGAUCCUUUAACACAGUUAAGACAGAUACUCUACGACACGAAUUUAAAUGUUCCUGAUCCAAUGCUGGUACCUAAGGAGAGAUUGAGUCAGAUUAUUUCGAACCCAGGUCGCGAGAUUCCGAGAUUACUGAAGCAAAGACCAGAAUUAAGACUUCCGGAAGCUUUGGCGUUUCCCCAUCUUUUGCAGGAUCCGGAUAUUUUGGUCAUUACUUUGCAACAAUUGGAAACGAUAAUACUUAAACAAAACCAAUCGCUAAAUCUCAAAGAUUUAAAAAGCACGAGUGAGAAAAAUACGGAAAAAGUCACCAGUAAAAAGCUUGAGAAAAUUCCGGAAGUCAAGGAAACCCAGCCAAAGAAGAAGAGUUUGGAUGAAUCUGUGAACAAGUUAUUGAAUACAGUGCAGGAAUCUCAGCCUAAGAGUGCUUUCAACGAACUUGCCAGCGACAUCGACGCGGCAACAACAGCAGCUUUCAAUCAGAUGAUUUGGUUGCCGUAUCUCAACCAAUUGGAGGCGAUGUCGUUUGGAAACAACCCGGAAGUGAUGAAGAUGUUGUCGAAUUCACUUCCUAUGUAUCCUGGCCAAGUCCCGGAUUUGAAUCAUUUGAUUGGCGCGAACAGAUUUCCACCUCCGGUGAAUUUCCCCAUGCAACAACCCCAGAUGAACUACAACUCGCUGGAAAUGUCCAUGUGGCAAGAAGCCAUGAUGCAAGUCAAUAUGCUACGACCUAAAAUCCCCUUUGAGGGAAUGAACCCGAAAAAUUCGUUCAGGGAUUACCUGGACAAGCUAAACUUCGCUGCAUCAGCGAAACCUCACUUAGGAAACCCCAAGCCAUCAAACAAAACUCUCCCCAACAACUUCUAUCCACCAGGAAACAACGCGCCGUUCCAGAACUCGUUCUUGAACAUCCCCAGUUCGUACCAAUCAAGUAAACAGAACUUGCAGAUACCACACUACCCCAUCUUCGGACAAAAAAACCUAGUAAACCAACAGAAGGUGCCCUCGCAUUCGUAUUUGCACAAGCAAAAGUUCGAAUCAAAAGCCAACUUUCCGAAUUUCUAUCAACAUAGAAGCGACGACAAGAAGCAGGAACACAAACAGAAAGUUUCGUGCAAGUCGUUUGCCAAUAUGUAUCAGAAGGAAAGGUCUUCUGCUGACUUCUCCAAACAUCACACACAGCCUAUUGAUCUUUCUGGUUCAACGGCACCGGCGAGUAAACUGAAGGUUAAACAGCAUCUGAUCGAUCCGGCGAACGCUUCCAAGUUGUUAAAGUAUGACGACGUCCCCGAAGUUGGCAGCACGACGGCCAGCGUUGAAGAAAUGCAAGACGCACACAAGCAUCUCUGGCAUCCGCUCUUCGGGAAUCAGAAGGGUUACCACAGCCCUUGGAAUUGGACAACCGUGACCGCAACCGGAGAAUAACAUCGGCUUCAACCUCCACCAACAUGGAGGUCAUCUUCGUACCAAAGCGUCAAUAACGAUGCUGCCUUCACAGGGUUCGACUUUGACUAUUUUUCCAAAUAGGUUUGUUUCAAUCUCUUUUUUAUUUACUUUACCGUGAUGUGAGCCAACAAAUUGCUAGACGUUUACUCAAAAAACAAUAACGAUCCAUUCGCACCUAAAUCAACGUACGUGUGAUUAAUAAUUCAUCUUCAUUGAUGAUUAGAAUUUGUAGUUUUAGUACUUUGCAUUUACAUACAAUUUUCGAACGCCGCGACAUUUACAUUUCAGAUGCGAGGUAAAAGGGUGCUACCUAUUCGAAAUCUAGGCGAAAUCGAACUUAUUAAUAGGACCGUCAAUUUCUCGGAGACAAUUUACCGCUGUAAUAUUUUCAAAAUGACUGAAACGCCCGCAUCUGAUUCUUCAAUUGAUUGUCACCACUUUAGAAUUAGUUGGUGUAUAAUUAGUUCACGCUUGAACAUUUGGUACCCCCAUGACUGAUAAGAAAACUUGUUGUUUCCAAUUUGUCUAAUUUUUUUUAUUCGAUUGGCAUGAAAGCUCGUAAUUUUUUGUUCUCUACCUGGGCUCGUGUCUAAAGUCCCCAAACCGAAUUAUUCAGUUGAUGGUAUGUGACAAAUCCAGCUCCUUGGAGGUGAAUAGUAAGCCGCCCACUGAAUGUACGUUUUCUAUUAGCAUCGACUUCCUGCUAAGCAUUUGUGAAGACAACGGUGUUUCGAAAAUAAACAUCUAGUGAAGUGUUAAUAACAAAUUAGCAUUUGAAAUAGUUGCUUUUUUGUGCAUAAAGGGAAGCAAGCAGUAAAUUGAAUGGUUGCAACGUUCGUUUAAAUUUAGAACCUCCGCUUUCAGUCGAGGUGAACUCAUGACCCUGCUAGCUUCCAUCCGUUUCAAACUCUGCAUGGCUGCGGUAUUGAUUUUACUCGGUCGAUGUCUCGCUGACUGUUUCAGCAGGAAAGUGCGUUCGCAGGGCUCGAUAAAUGUUUUAAUGAACUCGUCUUUAUUCACCACGAAAAUUCCGGAGUGUUGUGGUUUCGCUGUUUGCUCCAAUUCGGAGGGUUCACCGUGUCAAUGGAGCACUUGGGACUUCUUUCGACAAUUCAAAACGCCAAUUUUACCGCAAACCAUUUUCACGAUCAGGUGCUUUAGAAAACGAUUCAAAAACGCACCUUGAAUAUUUUUCAAUAUUUAUAUUUUUACAGUAUAUUUAGAAAGUGUAAAGGUACUCUAUUUACCUUCUUUGAUUGAAUUUACCUCCGUGAAAUAUUCAUUGAGGAGAAAGUGGGAAGAUGAAUAAAACCAUAUGUUAAAGAGUGACAAUUUAAGACAGCGUAAACCCCCAUUAAAGAAAAUGAAAUAUGAUCUAUUGUAUUUUCUUAUUGGGCCUACCCAUGUACGUAACAUUUUUAUUCAACCAUACAUAAAAAAGAAGUUAUUGUUUGUGUCCCAUUCAAAAUGGGUACAUUAAUUAAAUUAAAGAAUGUUGGUUUAGCAGUGUAUGUAAAUUACACUUUAAAUUUAAACUAAACCGAAUGAGAUUCUUAUUGGUUCAUCACUGGGGGAUUUUCUCCAAGAUCCUACUUUACUGUAAAAUUCGUCUUUAGUUCCACGUCAAAACUAAGCAAAUAUACUCAGUGUCAUAAAAAUUGCACCAAGAAGGAAUAGAAAUGUUUUAAUGAAACUUAGCAAAAAUGUUAGACUAUUAGCAGGUAUUAGAUGAUUAAAACUUGAACGUUUUUAAUCAAGUGUUAUUUUUCCAAUUUUUGGCGAUCCUAACAAUUUUUUAAGUGUUUUUGUUUUAAUUUCGUUUAGUUUUAAGUGUUAUGAAAACGAAAAUAUGUUUAGAGUUCGACAAAACAGAAAUUACCAACAGUUAAACAAAUUUUAAAGAAGCAUAAAUUUUGGGCUACAAAUAGAAGUUUAUUCAUUUAGAGAAAUUGCUAUUUGUUUGAAGAGUCAUCCAAGUACCAUUAUGCGAUGUCAUUGAUUAGAGUUUCAGCACAAAAUAGAGGAGGAAGCAGACUUAAGAAAAAACAAAUGAUGUCCAAAAUGGUCAUCUUCGGAUUAUGACAAUAAUUCAAGUACAAGAAAAAUUUCUGACCAAUGGUUGAGUUCGAAGGUCGUCGUACUUCACUUCUGACUGUUUACUAUAGAAUUAAGUCAUUUGGACUGCUUUUUGUUGGAUUUCCUAGGUAUGCGAGGAAUGAGCUAAAACCUGACACACCAAAACUUUUAUUUGGACAGACAACGGGUUUCAUCCAUAAAGUGGUCAUCCUCAGGUGAGAAUGUGCACUGUAUACAUUGACCACAUUAUGGUGGAAACACGUUGUAUUUCGAAAUAAAGGUUUGAUGGAUCAGGUUUAGAUAUGUGUUUUUGCCCAUUCUUCCCAUACCAAGUAAAUCCAACAGGAAACAGUCCAAAUGACAAAUUUCGAUGGUAAACAGUCUGACGUGAUAAAAGACGACCUUUAAAUCUACCCAUUGGACAAAAAUUUGUUUUGUAAUUAUAUAGCCAUACUCGACCAUUUUGGACUUCAUUUGUUUUUUUUUAAGGAAUGCUUUUCUUUCGCGAUACCCUGGGCCUUCUCCAGUCUAUAACUGGUAACACUGCUUAAUGAUACUUCGAUUUCUAUCCAAACGACUAAUAAUUUCUCAAAUUGAAAAACCCCAAUUUGUAAUCCAAAAAUCAUGCCUCUUUUAAAACUGCUUAAAUUGUUAGUAACUUUGGUUUUGUUGUCUCCAGGCCUAAUGGCGCUUUUAGAACACUUAAACCUAAACGAAUUUAAAAAAAAAAUACAAGAAAAGUUAGUCAGAAAAGCGAAAAAUUGUAAGAAUAACACUUGCUGGUAAAAGAAUUUAAGUGUUAAAAACUACCUUACCACUUGAUAAAAAUUCUUCAAAUUUUAAUCAUUUAUUGCUCGCUAAUAGUCGACCAUUUGUGCCAAGUUUCGUCAGAAAAUUCUAAUUCUUUCUUGGUGUUGCAAUUUUUAUGACAUUGAGUAUACAAAUAAAAAUUUGAAAAAUAUUUGGAUAUGGAAAAAUGAAGAUUAACACAAAUUAACUGAAGAGUGAAACAAAAAUAUGAAAGUACCUAACUUCCGGAGAAAAACGUGUUUUUUGUUCGUUGGCCUUUUUUUAAAUUGAGAAUGCGGCUUGUUGAUGUGAUUUUUGACAAAUUAUUCCUUUAUCACGAAAAGCCGGAAAACGGGGCGACGUUGAUCGAACAGCAAAUUUCUUUAUGCAAAUCUGGCAACAUGAAGUCGUCCAAGCUUGAUGAAUUGAUUAGAAGAACGGCGUACCUUAUCAAAUUAUGUACACAAAUCGCUCAAAUUUUGCUUCAAAAACAGCGAUUGUUCAUUACACGCACCCGUGGAAAUAAAAAAUAAUGUUGGCGAAGGCAAUUCUUUCGAUCGAACUCAACGCUUGAAAAUUUCUGGUAAUGAUAAUAAUUACAGCGAUACGAUCGCUGGAAUUUUAUUCACCUUUGUCCUAACAAAUGUUUACAGGACGCCGGUGCUAAUUGUCAUAAUUAUAGUAAUUGCAUAAAUAAGUCUUGUGUAGGGUGUGGAUAUGUCAGGGUGUGUAAAUUUAAAAAAAAGUAGGGCAAGUAACUGUUAAUGAACAAAAAUAACAGCGACAUUAAUAUUUAACAAUAACUUCAACUACGACAGUUUUUUGAGUGACAUAAAUACACAAAUUGAUUGCUGCGAUAGAUUAGAUCUUGAUUCUAAAUUGGAUAAUAUGUCAACUAUAAUUAAUGUUAUCGAUCUGUUUGUAAUAAAAAUGUUAAAAAGGCAUUCUACUAAUAUUUUACAACCUAAACGAAUUGUUCCAUUGUGUCAGUAAACUGUACUUUCUUCGUAUAAUUAAUGGGAUUUGGUGGCAAUUGUUGGGUGGUACUUAAAAAACGAGGACAAGUGUUUAGUUACUCACUCGUACAUUCUCGCUUUAUGAUGAUUGAUCUGUUUUUAUCUAUUCUAAAAUCUAAUAUUAUUAUAAUUAAAUCUGAUUUUUUAGUUCGGCUGUUCCGUCUAAGCCCCACAUUAUUAAAGUAUUGGGAUAAUGAUAGUCAUCUGAGAAUUUGCGUACAACCAUAAUCUUUUAGGUCCUGCUCAAUGAAAAUAUUUUCCGGUUAUACCGGAAGUCGCUAACAACUUUUUUAUUUUAAAUGGAAAGCUAUAUUUUUAAUGCGUUUUCGAAAUAUUUAUGGUUUUAAAAAUUUUUUUGGAUCUGCACCUUCCAGUUCAAAAAUCGAUAACUCUGUCAUUUUAAAAAAUUUGGUAAUAUUUUUCAGCUCAUUUGAAAGAGGAAGCCUAGAUCUUUCUUUUGGCGUUUUCAAAUUUCUAAAAAAGAAUAACCAACUUCAAAUUUUUAAAGUUAAGUUGGCAGAACUUUAAGCACCCAUAACUUAUUUUUUUCAAACAAAUGCCAAAAGUUUUAUUUCAUUAAAUCGUAGAUAAUUUAAUUCUGCAUCGAUCUGUAUUAAAGUUCUCUACAGUUUUGUUUAAUAUUUCAAGUUAAAUAACUUUUUGUUGGGAUUGAGAAAUUCAUUAGCCAUAGGUCUAUUCUCAUACUUGGCCAUGAAAACGAAUGACAAAAUGUGAGAAAUUAAAGUUUUUUAAACCAACAUUUAAUGAAUUUAUUUUGUUUUUAGGGGAUGGAUAAAACAAUUUUGAACAAAAUUUAUCAUUUAAUCAGAAAUAUUUUUAUGACAAACUAUGCAAAAGUAGAUAUGGUUAGUAAGAAAUUUUCUACAAUGACAAAAAAAAACACAUAACUUGAAAAUUAUUACAGGUAGGUAUAGGGAAUGCUAAUAGAGAUCAAUGCAAAACAAAAUUCUCCUCCAUCUAGUAAAAUAAAAAUUGGGACAUCCCAUUUGAAAAAAAAAGUUAUGGGUACUUGAAAUUGUCCAAACUUAACCGCAAAAUUUUUGGGUUUACUAUUUUCAUUUUUAAUUUUGAACACACUGAAGAACAGAUAUAGCCCUUCUUUUUUAAUUCUCUAAAUAUGAUACCGAAAUCUCUAAAACUAAGAGAGUUACUGAUUUUUUAAGUGAUAGGUGCAAAUCCAAAAAUUUUCAAAAAAUCCUAAAUAUCUCAAAAACGGUUAUACUUAGGUAUAGAGAAAGCUCAUAAAAACUCCCUUAAAAUAACACAACUAAUCCAAAAACGCAGUAAAAAACAGCUUUCCAUUUAAAAUAAGAAAGUUAAUAGCGACUUCCAGUAUAACCGGAAGUGCUGCCAUCUUGAAAAUAUUUUCAUUGAGCACAACUCAAUGUAUUAUAACCGAGUACCAACUUUCAGAUAAAUAUCUGUUUUAGAACUUUCAAUACUUUUAAUGUGGGGUUUGGACGGAACACCCUGUAUGAUACACUGAAUCACAACACAAACAGCCAAGGUACAGAAAUUGUCAGUGCUAGAGUAUAUAAAAUUCUGCAUCUAAUUAGGUACUUAACGUCAAAGUAUAGUUUUCUUGACUCGGAAGUUUUUAAUGUUCAAAACUGGUUGUUGCAUCAUUAUCUCUUUUUUUCCUUUCUUAACAAUUCAUCUUUAAAACCUCUAACCAUAUCGAAAUAUCCUGUACGUGAGUUUGCAAAAAAUGUUAAAAGAAAGCCAAAAUUUACUCAAACCGAAGCGGACCGCAGACUCCUCUCUCUCACUGCCUGUAUUCAUACUUUACAACCAUAAUUAGAUCAGCGAUGAAUUUUUUUAUAACCAACCGCACCUAUAAUUUACAAGCACGUUACUCAACUUUUGGGAAAAUUUUCUGAUUGGAAUAACAGAACCUCUUCCGUGAUUGUGAUCCGCUUUGCCCUGAUUGAAUCAAAAUUUAAUAGGAUUAAAGAAAAUAAAUCCGUGCUGUAAUUAUUUCAAAUCAUGACAACCACCCACAAUCCCAGAUUUGCAUCGAAAUUAAAUUAUAAAAGAGUAAUUGAUGGAUUUUAUUCUGGCGGAAAAUUGGCACACAAAAUGUUACUUUUCUCGAAGAGGUGCAAUCUGUUUAAUUAACAAUCUUGACAGGAUGUGAUUAACACACACGUGCAUUUUCUUAGUUUACGUGAUUGUGGUAAAUCCAUCGAUAAACGCUGGAAACAAUUCACAAUUUGACACCUGACGUGUUACACCAGUCAAUAACCCCAUAAAAGGAUUUUCAAGCGAGGUAUUGUUCGCUUUAACACGAGAAGAACGAUUGUUGGUUGUUGGACUUGAAGGUUAUGGAAUUUGUGGAAAACGUAGGCUAAAUUAUGGAAAAGAGAUUAGCUUAAAAAUGUUUUUUUUUACCAAAGCCUCAAAUAGGCAAAAUAUUGCAAGCACUAAAUGUAAAAGCUCUGAAUGUGGGUCACAACGUGUACUAUAUCCGAUUAGCGUAAAAAUGAGGAAAAGACGCUUAGUGGAAAUUGGUAUAAAGAGCUUCGUCCUCAAAGCUCGUUAUUCGUCGCUCUCAUAAGAAUCUUCGAUGUUAAAUAGAUUAAGUUAAUGGCGAAUACACGUCGCGAUCGAAAGUCGGUUUCAAAGCCAUAAAGUGCUCUAAACGGUACAAAUAUCUCUCAGACCAUGCAAAAAGAAAUCAUUUGCGUCGAACAAUUUCAAUUAAUUCAAACGUAACCUACAUUUUAAUUAAUAUUUUCGCACUUUCUGUUCGAACACAUACACAGCUGUGUACAGAGAGCGGGUCAAAACACUCCAUGAACUCUAUUUUCACUAAUUCUGUAUACGCGGCCUAGAUUGUCGGCAUACAAGACGCUCUAUUAAUCCAAAUUCGUACUCCCAUUGCAAUCAGUCCUGGAAUUUUUAAGACGUUGAUGGCCGUUAAUGACUUUAACAGGCUGAAAGCGGUCGGAAUUAUGCUCAAAUGGUAAUGUAAAUGUUUGAACAUUAAUUGUAUAAACAUUUAUAUACUGUUAUGGCAAAUGUAAACUAACCAAAAUAAUUAGCGGGAGUUAGUCAACCGAACACUGACGUUAAAUCGGAAAACGAGUGCUGCAAUCAUUAAAACAAAUUAAUCUCGAGUUAUUGCCAGUUAGAGUUUUCGCUAUGAUGACUAAAAAGAUCACUCAAAGCGACACCAAACCCAUUAAGAUUUUAUAGCAAAUCAGAAAUUACAGUGUUUCUACAGUGACAACCUGAAAAUAUUAACAAAAUUCUUAGCCACUUGUAUAACUAAAUUUGUACUCUGCAACAAUACCUACGUAUUCAUUGAGUUUUUAUUUGUAAGGGCAAUGUCCAUUUGGACGUUUUUACUUAAUUUACACAGGGUGUUUUAUGUAAUUUUCCGAGACCGAAUAAUAUACAGGUUGUUCCGUAUAAACUCUAUGUGAGAAAUUAAAGUUUUGUAAACCAACAUUAAAUUAAUCUAUUUUGUUUUUAGGGGAUGGAUAACACAAUUUUGAACAUCGCUUAAUUUAAUCGGAAAUGUUUUUAUGAGUAUGCAAAAAUAGCUAUGGUUAGUAAGAAAAUUCCUAGAAUGACAAAAAAAAGAACAUAACUUGAAACUUACCACAGAUAAGUAUAGGGAAUACUAAUACAGAUCGAUGCAGAACAAAAUUCUUCUCCAUCUACAUAGUAAAAUAGACAUUGGAACACCCAUUAGGAAAUUGUCCAAACUUAACCUUAAAAUUUUUGAGUUUAUUAACUUCAUUUUCAAUUUUGAACACACUGAAGAACAGAUAUAGGCCUUCUUUUUUAAUUUUCCAAAUAUGAUUUCGAAAUCUCUAAACUAAGCGAGUUACCGAUUUUUUAAGUGACAAGUGCAAAUCCAAAAAUUUUCAAAAAAAUCCUAAACAUCUCAAAAACAGUUAGUCUUAGGUUUAGGGAAAGCUGAUAAAAACUCCUUUAAAAUAAGUCAACUAAUCCAAAAACGCAAUGAAAAACAUAGGUUUCCAUUUAAAAUAAGAAUGUUAAUAGCGACUUCCGGUAUAACCGGAAGUGCUGCCAUCUUGAAAACUUUCAUUGAAUAGAACUCAACGCAUUAUAACUGAGUACCAACUUUCAGAUAAAUAUCUUCAUUUGAACUUUCAAUACUUCUAAUGUGGGGUUUAGACGGAACAUCCUGUAUGCAUAAUACUAAUCAACAAUACAUAUUUCUAAACGAACUCAAUUUGAAAUUUCAAUAAAUUGACUAGUUUCUCUAGUUUGUCCAGUCUUUUUAUAAAUUGCAAGAUUGCAACGAUUUUGUUAAUCAGUGGUUUUCACAGAAUACAAAAUAAUUGUUUCUGAAAACAAAAUUAUGAUAAAUACUGAAACAACUAUUAUUUUGAAGAUUACUGUCAAGGGUUUCCAAAAAUGCAAUAAUUAAAUAUGUUUUAAUGUGUAGCGUCCUAUUUGGGUGCGCAAGCGUGGACAAAUUGUACGAAGCACGCUGUACAUUUUAACCCAUUUUUUCUGUUUUAAAUCAAAUUUUUACUAACUGAACAAUGCUAGGAGUAUAAAAUAGAUGCCAUCUUUAAAAUCAGUAAAUUAAAUACACAAUCCCCCUUUGCAUGCUAUAAGAUAAAUCGAUUUUCGCCUAUGAAAUAUGAUACACAGGGUGAUUCAACAGUGAUAAAAGACAUCAAACUGAGUUAAAAGUUCUUAUGACAAAAACUUGUCUUUUUUUACAAGAUAUCCCAACUCUUCAAAUUUAAAUUUUUAGGUAAAGUUUUUGGAACUUUAGAUCAUGUUUUUUAUUACCUACAAAUAAAAUUUAGCAAACUCAUAAAUUUGAUUUGACAUCUCUGUACACAAAGGAACAACAAUUAAGAACCGUUGCUACGGAAAACAAAUUAAAAAAAGUAUAUAUAAAAUUUUAUGCUAUAUUUAUUAAUUAUUUUUAUGCUUAAUUGAACGGCGAGGAUUUAUCCAACACUUUUGAAUCAGCCUGUAUACUGUAAGGAGAUUGAAGCGCAGUGUAUUGAAAAUUUUAGAAACGUGAAAACAAAUACACCUAAUAUAAACGGCAUCUUUUUAAAAAAUAGAAAUAUUUUGGUAGAGUGUUCAAUAAUAUUAGAUGUACUGGGCUUUAGUUUUGCAUCUGUUUUCUAAUGAUGAAACCGCAUUAUAAUGCAUCUUUAUUAUAGUCACAAAAACAUUAGGUAUGAUGUAUGAUGAAGAAAAUUGUGUUUCCUGAGCGGUUUCGGAUAAUCCAAGCAAGUUUUACGUUACAGUUUUAUCAAAAUUGAUGUCAUUUUAAUUUUAUAUCGAUAUAUUAUGAUCCCGAGUCAAGUCAAAAACUAGUGAUAGAACUUCCAUUCACCAUCUGCGUUGCCGUAACUUAUUCAAUGGCAAAUUUUAAAUUUCUUGUAUGUAUGUAUCUAAAGUAGCAAUUCUGGUAAAAUAGGUAGCGGCGACGAGUAAUCACCCAAUUUUACAGUUAACCAAUUAGCAGCUGAUAAAUGUUUUACAUAUGAUUUACAUUUCGGUAACAAGUAAUACGUUACGUAGUUAGGUUUUCGUCUCGCAAUUAUAUUCAAGCUGAGUUAAAGUAGGAAAAGUGCGGCGGUAUUCUUGAAAAGGAAGACAGCUAUGAGGACAAGAAAUUAACACUUCUUGUUGGAAUAAUUUAUGGUAAUUUUCGUUUAGUUGAUUUCGGUGUGAAUUAGUUGACUAAAUGAGAUUAAUUAGCGAUUUGUUGGUGGCUUCUGUUGACAUUAAUGGGAUUUGUCUCGACAUUAUUGAUAUACUAUAUACAACAUUCCACGCUUAUUACAAUUAUUAAGAAAUGUUCCUGAAUGUAAAAAUAUUGUAUCUUGUAUUUAUAUUAUGUAUAUAAAAGUAUAUAAAUGUCUGAACUAAUGUUAUGUUUGAUGUAAUGUUAUGUAAAUGUUGUUAAUAAAUUUAAGUGUAUGUUUUAUGUAAUAUUGAGUUUGAUUUUGCGUUGCGAGUUCAUCUGUUAUGUGUUUGAUUAUUAGACUUACGUGCAAUAUUUUUUUGGUUUGUAAUAUUUCACAUAGCGUUUCAGUGUAACUUUUCCAUAUUCGUUUUCACAAUUUUGAUUAAGAGAAUUAGGUCUAGCAAUAUAUUUAUAUAAAGAUCACAAAUUCAUGUAAAAAUUUAGUCUUCGACUUUUGUACAUAAAAUAAUUUUCAUAGUUACAAGAAAAAUAUAUAUUGUAUGCUUUGCAUAUCCUGAAGCGACUUUGAUCGAAACAUUUUAUAAAGUAAAUGAAAAUUAGUCUUAAGUAAAAAGUAGAUAAAGAAAUUGGUAGCCCUCUCCAAAUUUUCAUCUGACUUUUUUAUAUAAUUGUUAUAACUGAAACUUAAAGAAAAAUGUUUACCAAAUUUUAAAGUUUAAUAAAGAAUUGGAAAAAUAUUGUUUCUAAAAAAUAACUGUAAAAGACGAGUCUAAUUGUUUGCCAUUUAAGAAAUAUCUUAUUUUUGCUUUUGUAACACUAAUAACUUAGGUCCUAAAUAAUUUCAGGAGAGUCGUUAGCGCAAUGCUUUGUUGAUAUUUUUUCUGUACAUAUUUUAUUUUUUUGAAGUUGCAGUAUUACAUUUCAUUUUAUUUUAUCAACGUUAAAAAACAACUAUCUGUGAGACACAUCUCUUGGAUGUAUACAAACAUAUCGUAAAAAAUUAUUUUGUAUAAUUGAUUUUACUUUAAAAAAGUAUUAAAAGUGUAGACAAUAAAUACCACGUUGUGAAAUUUGUUUGUAGAAGAAAAAUAUGGUGUUUGAACGCUUAAUAGCGAUACUAUAGUUGUUGUAAUUAUUAAAAUAUGUACAAUUAAGUAUUAUUUAUUGAUUUUUGUAAUGAGUUUUUGUUUCAAACCAAAGAACAAUUAUUAUAGUUUUAGAAUGUAGCUUAUACAUAAACUAGCGGAUAAUAAAAUGAUUUAAAACUUC